UGUAAUAUUAUAAGCUUCUUUCUCUUUCCUUACUUUUCAAUGGAGAUGUUUAACUCUUUUCUUUCCAAUUUAGUUUUAUUGCUUCUCUUUUUGUCCUCCCUCAUACUUAUAGUUAAAAAAUGGAGCAAACCAAAAAAUCGAAACGAAAAACAAUUUAGGUUGCCUCCAGGUCCAUGGAGACUUCCCCUCAUUGGAAAUCUUCAUCACUUAAUCGGAGGAGGGUUGCCACAUCAUAUUUUUAGAAAAUUAUCUCAAAGGUAUGGGCCUCUUAUGUACUUGCAACUCGGGGAAGUUCCUACCGUGGUCAUAUCAUCAACUACUAUCGCCAAAGAAAUUCUAAGAACUCAUGAUCACGCCUUUGCUUGUAGACCACAACUUACAUCCACAAACAUCAUAUUUUACAAUAGUAUAGACAUUGCAUUCAGUCCAUAUGGUGAUUACUGGAGACAAAUGCGUAAAAUUUGUACUUUAGAACUUUUUAGUAUAAAGAUGAUCAAGUUAUUUAGUGCAAUUCGAGAGGAUGAGCUUACGAGUCUCAUUUCAUCAAUUCGUUCCAUGAGGGGUUCUCCAGUAAACAUGACAAAAAAGAUUUUUCUGUUUACUAAUUGUAUCAUUUGUAGAUCAGCCUUUGGAAAAGUAUGCAAAGAUCGAGGCGAGUUCUUAACAACUUUGAAGGAAGUACUGUUAUUAGCAGCAGGAUUUUUUAUGGCUGAUUUGUACCCUUCUUGGAAGUUACUUCACAACCUAAGAGGUGAGAAAACUAGAAUGGUGAAUGCGCAUAAGAAGGUUGAUGCAGUUAUGGAGGAGAUCCUGAAUGAACAUAUCGAAAAUAAAGCAGCUGGGAAGAAGGGAAAUGGUGAGUUUGGUGACGAAGAUUUGGUUGAUGUUUUACUUAGGGUGAAAGAGAACGCGGAACUUCAAUAUCCAAUCACAAAUGACCAUAUUAAAGCUGUGAUUUUUGACAUAUUCCUAGGAGGAACUGGAUCUUCAUCUUCAACUAUUAUUUGGGCAUUAUCAGAAAUGAUAAAGAACCCGAAUGUUAUGAUCAAGGCUCAAAGUGAAGUGAGACAAGUUUUUAAAGGAAAACAAAAUUUUAGUGAAGAAGAAGUUGAAAACUUGACAUACCUAAAGUCGGUGAUUAAGGAAACAUUAAGGCUACAUACGCCAGCUCCUCUUCUAGGGUCUAGGGAAUGUAGGGAGCAAAGAGUUAUUGAUGGAUACACCAUACCUCUAAAGGCUCGAGUACUAGUCAAUGCAUGGGCAUUAGCAAGAGAUCCUGAAAGUUGGGAUGAUCCUGAAAACUUUAUACCAGAAAGAUUUGAAAACUCUUCUAUUGACUUUAUGGGAAAUCAUUUUGAGUUUAUUCCAUUUGGUUCAGGACGAAGGGUGUGUCCAGGGUUGUUACUUGGUGUUGCUAAUGUUAUACAUCCUUUAGCUCAGUUACUCUACCACUUUGAAUGGGAACUUCCUAAUGGAACUAAUCCGGAAGAUUUGGAUAUGACUGAAACGCAUGGAUUAACCGCGGAGAAAAAGGAAAAUCUAUAUUUAAUUGCUAUAGAUUAUAGAAACAAUGAAGAAUUUUGAUGUUUUGUUGUGAAAUAUAUAUAAAUGUCAAUGCCUCCUCUGUAGUUCUUCCUCUCUUUUCGGUUUGUUUAAGUAUGUGUAUUGUGUACUGAGAAUAAUUAAAUGUAUUAAAUUGAAGGGAAAAGGGCUUGAUAUAUCCCUCAA